AAGCUGAAAUAUAUCAAAAAUAAUCUCUCUGCGAUCUGCAUGUACUCUACACUUUAAAAAAAAACAAAAAAAAAACAGUGUGCUGUCUUAAAAUUUAGUAGCUACUGUCACCAUCAUCAUCUUGUUUCCACCUUUUCAGUUGCCAAAAAAAAAUCUCUACCUCAUUCCUUUUUCCUUUCUCAAAAGUCUUGUUCAAGUAGAUCACUUUAAUUCCCUCCUUUAUUUCCUUUUAUCUAAAAGACAUAGAGGAGUAACAAUCAAGAUUCUUGCUAAUUCCAGCAUAUUCAACAAACUUCCUUUUUCUUGAUCUAUUAAUUCAACAAAAGGGGUUGACUUAAAAAAGGAAAGAAAGAAGAAAAAAUGAGUUUUAGGGAAGAGAAUAAUGAAGGAGGGGAUCUAAGGAAGCCAUUUUUGCAUACUGGAAGUUGGUAUAGAAUGGGUUCAAGACAAUCUAGUAUGAUGGGGUCUUCUCAAGUUAUUCGUGAUAGUUCUAUUUCUGUUCUUGCUUGUGUUCUCAUUGUUGCUUUGGGUCCUAUCCAGUUUGGUUUCACUUGUGGCUACACAUCGCCUACGCAAAUUGAAAUUACCAAAGAUCUGAAGCUCACUGUUUCUGAGUUCUCUUUGUUCGGUUCUUUAUCAAAUGUGGGUGCUAUGGUCGGUGCAAUAUCUAGUGGUCAAAUUUCAGAGUACAUUGGACGAAAAGGGACUUUAAUGAUAGCUGCGAUACCUAAUAUCAUUGGGUGGCUUGCCAUCUCCUUUGCCAAAGAUCUUUCCUUUCUAUACAUGGGAAGAUUGUUGGAAGGUUUUGGUGUGGGAAUAAUCUCUUAUGUGGUGCCUGUAUAUAUUGCCGAGAUAGCACCCCAAAAUUUGAGAGGAGGUCUAGGGUCUGUUAACCAGCUCUCUGUUACAAUUGGGAUCAUGUUAGCCUAUUUACUGGGACUUUUUGUUAAUUGGAGGGUGCUUGCUGUUCUUGGAGCAUUGCCUUGCCUUGCCUUGAUACCUGGACUAUUUUUCAUCCCUGAAUCUCCUCGGUGGUUGGCCAAAAUGGGUUUAACAGAAGAUUUUGAAACUUCUUUGCAAGUUCUUCGUGGAUUUGAAGCUGACAUUACCAAUGAAGUAAAUGAAAUUAAGAGGUCAGUAGCAUCAUCAACAAACCGAAGAACAGCAAUGCGUUUCGCGGAUCUCAAACACAGAAGAUAUUGGUUGCCUCUCAUGGUAGGAAUUGUUCUACUUAUCCUGCAGCAGUGUGGAGGAAUCAACGGUGUGAUAUUCUACUCUGGCAACAUUUUCCUAUCUGCUGGUAUUUCUUCAAGCAAUGCUGCAACUUUUGGUGUUGGUGCUAUCCAGGUCGUUGCAACUGCAGUUGCUACAUGGCUGGUGGAUAAAACUGGACGUAGAAUUUUAUUAAUUGUCUCCUCUGCUGGAAUGGCUGUUAGUCUCCUAAUUGUUGCAGCUUCCUUCUAUCUAAAGGGUUAUGUAUCUGAGGACUCUGGCCUCUAUGGUAUAUUGGGAAUAGUAUCAGUAGUUGGGGUGGUGUUCAUGAUUAUUUCAUUCUCGCUUGGAAUGGGCCCAAUUCCAUGGCUUAUAAUGUCUGAGAUUCUUCCAAUCAAGAUCAAAGGCCUCGCUGGAAGUACAGCAACAUUAGCCAACUGGCUAUUCUCGUGGGUAAUAACAGUGACUGCACCACUGCUUAUGGCUUGGAGUAGUGGAGGAACCUUCACUAUUUACAUGGUUAUGUGUGCCUUCACCGUGGCGUUCGUGGCAAUAUUUGUACCGGAGACGAAAGGGAGAACUCUGGAGGAAAUUCAGUCUUCCUUCAGAUGAAGAAUUUCAUCGUUUUUCCACUAUACUUUCUAUUACCUUGUUCCUCCUUGUGCAAUAGUUUCAAUUUUUCAUAUAUAUAGAAAGAGCCAGUUGCACAUGCUGCUUCAGAGUGUGUACAUUUCAUCCUUCAAUAAUUGGUUUUACUUGCUGUAUUUCUUGUUAUUUUUGUUGCUCAGCUGUAAUUACUGUAUGGUUUUUUUUAAGUAUUUUAUAAGGGUGAUUAUUUAAUUCAA